UCGGCCGCCGGUGGGGAUGCUGCUUCGUACAGAAGUGGUGUCAGUGGUGGCGGUGGUGGUGGUGGUGGUGGUGGUAGUGCUGCCAAUGAGCGUCGAGCAUCCAACUCAAUCCCGGAGAAUAACCCCCUCGUUAUCAUCGAGCCACCUCGAUCAACGUCGAGAGAGCGAGGUCGCGGAGGGGAGACAGGUGAUCGGCUCCGCGCACGGUCUCGGUCCAAGGGAAGAAAAGGCCCAAAAUAUGUACCUCCAGGCCCAUCGAACGAAGGAGUCUAUGCCACCAUGCCAUUGCCCGCCGUUCCGCCAUCACCAUCGUUCCAAGUACCGCCAUCCCAGAUCCUCCUCAGUGCAGAUACACUCGCCGAGAAGACUCGCCUGGCACAGUCUCGAGGAAUUGAUAUCGCCGAAUGGACCGAGUCGGUGUCGCCACGGCCACCGAGUGCUGUUACGACAGUCUCCGAUUCCCAGCUCUCGCCCACAACCGAUCGCCGGCGGCAUAGCCAUAGUUCAUCAUCCUCCAGAGCUUCCUUAUAUAUCAAACGACUCUCCUUCCACCGGCCAACCCCAGAAAUGCAAGCCCCUCCAUUCACCGCAUUCUCCCGAAGGAGGAAGCCCAGCACACGGAUGUCCGUCUCUUCUGCCGGCAGUAAUGUGGCAUUCCCAUAUGCAUACGACCUCAGCGAAAGCGGAAGCACGGGCUCAUCAUCGGCCAGGGCCGAACGGACAUCUCAACCACCACCAGCAUCUCCACCACGACGACAGCCAGCCUCGCCACCUCAAGCCCCUUCCAUUCCUACCGACAGCGGCUUCUAUGGCGAGUCCGACGAUGACAUGUCGUUCUAUCUGCACCGAGACUCGGAUGAGGAGACCCUCCACCUUCCCGACACUCUUGAUGAAAUAUUCGACAAGAUGGAUCUGACAGAUCUCGAGUCGAGCACCACCACCGAGGUUCCACAGGACGAUAGUGAGGAAGAGGAAGAGGAAGAAGAGGAGAAGGGUUACUGCGGCGCCGAUAUCUACGACGAGUACACUCGCGCCUCGUUACUCUUUCCGAAGGAUGAGGCGUACGACUGGAAGGAUCGUAGGCGUGGGACGAUAUUUAUGGGGAACCCGAAGCCUCCCAUCGCGCGUCCACCAGUUAAGACGGGAUUGGAUGCGGAGAUCGAGACGUAUUUGGCGGAGAGAAGGAGGUUGAUGCAACAGUAGCGAUUCCAUUCCCUUAUUUCUCCCGGUUAGCUGUAUGUACCGCGUACACCUGUGGAUCUUACAUUACUUUGCUUUUGCCUCUUUUUUGUGCUUUCUAGGUUGGUUCGGCUUGGGUUGGGAGUUGGUUUCAGUUCGAAUUCUGUCUGUAUUUCUACAUACCAUUCUCCUUGGGUCGUUUGCGGUGGCGCCGUAAUGUAAUAUCAGUAAUUCUUGUUUGAUGUAGCUGCUCGAAUGGUUGGCGCCUCACCUUACGAGGAAGCAUCUCUCGGUCAGGAGAAGUCAGAUAUGGGUUGAUAGUUGGAG